GAUCUUUUCGACGGCUUCAGUAUCUACAGUUCUCGCAUCCCCGGCAUCUCACCGGCACCUCAGGAGAACUCCAACAUCUACGGCGAUGCGUUCUUCUUCAACGGCAUGGGCAUCCGUUACCCCAUCAUAGCCAACGAGGAAUUCUUCAAGAAGUUCGCCAAGGAGAUGCGGAAGAACGAGGAUGUGUACUUCGUAAUACGAUCACGACUUGCUCCUCGGCAGCAUGGCGUCUUCUUUGGAGUGUACUCCAGUAAUUACUACUCACCCGAUAGCUUCAGAUCCCCACUCAGGUUCGAGCUCUCCUACAACGGAACAAAUGGAGGAAAAUUGGUACUCAAAUACCGAAUAGGAGACCAGCAGCGCCAGGCGGAGUUCGCCAACCUCCCGAUCGUCGACGGCGACUGGCAUACCAUCCUCCUCCAGUUCCACUCCGAGCGAUCCGGUACGACCCUCACACUCUAUGUCGACUGCAGGCUCGCUAAACAGAUGGACAUCGAUGACAGGUUGUCACGGGUCUUUUCCCGGACGGUUAUCGACGGUUCGGAGAUGAGACUGGGCCAGGCCGGUUACGGCAUGACUGCAAACCCGUUGAAGGGUACGAUCCAGAAUGCUAAAUUUGUAUAUGGCGGUCCGAUCAUCGACGUACUUCAUUUGCUGUCGUGCAGUCUCUCAACGGAGCCAAAGCCAUUGGAUGUCGAUGGAUGGCCUGGUGCGACGGUUUUGAUGGAUGCUUUCCAAUCCUUAUCUAAUACACUUAUGGUCUUGAAAAAUGGCAUGGAUGAGCAAACCCGUGAAAUUCAACAUCUUAGACACACCUUAGAAAACUGCAGGAUGUGUGAGCGAACCGAUUAUUUUACCUCAGGUCCUCAGACAAUCAUCCGACAUGGCUGUAGCUCCAACCCCUGCUUCCCCGAUGUCAUGUGCUUCGAUGAGCCCGAUGGUCUUGGGUAUCGGUGUGGUCCGUGCCCUGCAGGAUAUCGUGGAAACGGCACCCAUUGCUACGAUAUCAAUGAGUGUCUUGAAGCUUACCCUUGUUCAGACGUCGUGGAUUGUAUCAACCUAAUGCCCGGCUUCCGGUGCCCACCAUGUCCCGAAGGCUUUAUUGGUCUUGGUUUAGAGGGAAUCGGUCUUGAAGCCGCUGUAAGGAACCGACAGCUUUGCGAUGAUAUCAACGAAUGCGAAAGAAAUAACGGUGACUGUGUGCCAAACUCGUACUGUCUCAAUACAAGGGGUUCGCAUAUUUGCGGUGACUGUAUGCAUGGAUUUGAGGGAAAUCAGACGGUUGGCUGCAAAGAGAGAAAUACAUGUCCGAACGGUACCCCUAGUCCAUGCCAUCCGAAGGCCGAGUGCAUCAUACAUCGGAAUAACGCUUACACAUGCGAGUGUAUUAUUGGCUGGGCUGGUGACGGCUACGAUUGUGCUAUCGAUACCGAUCUGGACGGCUUUCCCGAUAACGAACUCCCGUGUACCGACAAGCAUUGCAGAGCUGAUAACUGCGUGCAUAUCCCGAACAGCGGGCAAGAAAAUCAAGAUGGCGACGAAAUGGGUGACUUGUGUGACCCGGAUGCAGACAACGAUGGAGUUCGCAAUGGUCCAGACAACUGCCCUCUCGUGGCGAACCCCGACCAGCUGAAUGUGAACGAUGAUGAUGAGGUAGGCGAGCGAUGUGAUAACUGCCCGAUGACGCCGAACCCCAAGCAGAUUGAUACCGAUAAAGACGGAAGGGGCGACGAAUGCGACGAUGACAAAGACGAUGACGGAAUACUGAAUAUCCAUGAUAACUGCGAGCUUGUCCCGAACAGGCUUCAAGAAGAUACUGACGGGGACGGUCAUGGCGAUGCGUGUGAUAACUGUCCGAUGCAUUACAAUCCAGAUCAGAAUAACACGGAUUCUGAUCUUCUUGGAGACAUAUGCGAUAACAACGAGGAUGCGGAUGACGAUGGUAUUCAAGACAAUUUAGACAACUGCCCUAAGAUUCCGAAUAAUCCCCAACUGGACUCUGACGGUGAUGGCAUUGGUGAUGCGUGCGACGACGAUGAUGACAACGACGGCGUUUACGACAUCGUAGACAACUGCAGAAUAGUUCCCAACCCGGAUCAGGCAGAUUUCAAUCAGGAUGGUAUUGGUGACCGAUGCGACAGUGAUUUUGAUCGCGACGGCGUGGAUGAUCCCUACGAUGCUUGCCCAGAGAACCCCAACAUCUUCAGCACCGAUCUCCGAACCUACCAGACAGUCGUCCUAGAUCCUGAAGGCGAGGCCCAAGUCGACCCCAAGUGGAUCGUCUUUGACGAGGGUCGUCAGAUCAUGCAGACCAUCAACAGCGAUCCGGGACUCGCCAUUUCCUACCAGGCCUUUGACGGGGUGGACUUCGAAGGGACCUUCUACGUCAACACCCGAACGGAUGAUGACUUCGCAGGCUUUGUCUUCGGAUACCAGGACUCGGCUAGCUUCUACGUUCUGAUGUGGAAGCAAGGUCCGCAGACCUACUGGGAGGCCGCCCCCUUCAGGGCCGUUGGUGAACCGGGUUUCCAGCUGAAGGUUAUCAAGUCGGAUACUGGCCCAGGCGAGAUGAUGAGAAACGCUCUAUGGCAUACAGGAGAUACGCCGGGACAGGCACGUCUUCUUUGGAAGGAUCCAAAUAACCAUGGUUGGAAGGAUCACGUGGCCUACAGGUGGAGGGUCAUACACAGACCUUCCAUAGGACUCAUUAGAGUAAAGUUGUACGAAGCAGACACGUUGGUGGCUGACUCCGGGUUCCUCCGGGACACGACGAUGAGAGGAGGAAGGAUUGGUUUGUUCUGCUUCUCACAAGAAGAUAUCAUCUGGGCCAGAAUAACCUACAAAUGUAACGAUAAUAUACCGGAGGGCGUGGUCUUCUGAGGGGUCGAUGACGUCACAGUCCUUACAAGACGACUUCCCGACAAUAUGAAUCUUACAGUCAAGCCAACUUUGUUUGUUGAACAAAGAACAAAAAGUAAACGGAAUGAAAAGUAAAACUUCAUUCAUGAACUUUGAAAGAUACUUGAAAUAGAGUAUAUGAACAAGAGGCAAACGACACUUUUCGUGACAAUUUUGUAUAAAAUUUGUCCUGAUGUGGGUCGUUGAUUAAACAAAAUUUAUAUGAUGAAUGCGAGGAAAGAAGAAUUAACAGUACUUUAUUCUUGGCUUAAAAACUUUUACAUGCAUUCAGGUCGAAUGCGUUGAAUAAAAAAGAAGAGAUUCUUAUUCAGAAUGUAAGUUUCAAAUCCAAAAUUUGUAUUCUUCAUUAAUCUUUGUUUUCUUUUGGGAUCGUUUUCCACUUACCCUACUACUGUUUGUCUUCCGUACUCGAGUAAAAUAUUAUUUGAUUUAUUAAUUAAUGCCUUCUUUCAUUGAAAUUUAAGUACAAAUAUUUGCGUAACAGCACAAGUUUUCUAUCAGUUCUUUUUUCUAGAGUAAAGGUAGAUUAAUUUAAUGGGAUAUUUCAAUGUCUUUAAUAUCAAUCUCGUCAUUUAAUCGAAAAUAAAAUUUGAUACGUAGUUUGUAUUGACUUUGGAGUGUUCAAUUUUUGUAUAUGUAAUUAUAGGAACGAGUUUUUAAUUGGUUAUGCAUUAAUGUACAAACAAUAUAUAAUUGAUGAACCUUGGUUUUACUCCAGAUCAAGCAGCAAAUUUUGUUCUUAUCAAAACAUUUUAAGAAGUAUUUUUAUUUUUUACUGUGAGUACUUUUAUAAAACUUAAGAUUAUAGAUAGGAUCCAGCCAUGAAUAUUAAAUUAAGUUAUUAAAUGAAAAUAAUCACGGAGGUCAUAAAAUAAUUUUUGAUAUUCAUAUAUAUUUUUUAUCGUGCAAUUGUUGAGUUUUACUUUGUUAUUAUAAGUACAGGUGUAUAAGUAGGGCAGGGUUUUAAGUGACAAUUUGUUUGUGACUAUUAAUUAAGUUAUGGAUUAAAUUUGUUUAUUAUACAUUUUGUACAUACGUUUGAGAAUGAUUAGACAAUGUAAAUGUGCAUGUGUUUGUGUUAAAACUAGCUUUAAUGACACUCAUUGAUACUUCAAAUGAUUUUCAGUAAUUGCUUUGAGACGUAUUUGGAUGGUCAGAACAAGUGAAAAAGGAAAAUAAAGUUUUCGGAAUUUUGUAAACAUUUCGCAUCGUAUUAAACUUAGCUUAAACUACAAACGCAAGUUGAACACUGGAAACACAUAUUUUUUAUAUCAUAAUAUUGACAUGUACUUUAUGAAAUGUACAUAGUGCUCAAAAUAAUCAUUUUCGAAGCGCGUAUUGAUGUAAAUCAAUACAGAUGAAAUCAAAUAUUUCUAUUCCGAACAUUAAAAGGGCCCAUUUUGACUCUAUCUAUUUUGACUUCUGAUAUAAACAAUACUGUAUAAAUCAUUUUAUUAUGCAUAUGAAUGUUAAAAAUGACUGAUUGAUUUGUAAUUAUAUUUGUGAUAUUUACAAAAUAAAUAAAAACAUAUAAAGUUAAUUCCAACAAAAGUUA